GUAAAUGCAUUGUUUAUUUUCCUCAAUAAAUUACAGAAUAUAAAUGUUGACAUACACAUUGAGAAAAUAGAAAUUAAAGAAUAUGAAGGUAUGGAAAUAAAAAUUUAUAUGCGUACAUUCUACAUUUAAUCCGUCGCUUUUUAAUACCAUGACGCAUUCGUGACGUACACCAAAAUUCAAAUGUGAUAACCGGAUUUUUAUUUUAAGAAUGGCUGAAUUUCACAUUUAAUUUCGGCUACAAUCUGGACAAUCAAGAAUCGCUAAGUACAAAAUAUGUCUAACAUUUCAACUUAACAUUGCAGUAAUAAUUAGAUUAAAAUAACUAUGUCGAAAAAAUGAUUAGAGGAUUAACAAAAUUUAAAUACAAGUCAUAAAAUCGUCCAUCAGAAGUAAAAAAUCCCACAGGAUUUAAGAGAAUUCGCUGACGUAUGGCCCACAAAAGUGACACAGACAAACUGAGUGUACCGUGCCAACAAGGUCAAAUCGGGUACAUAUGUAAAUUGUUUUCUUGCUGAAGUGGGUCUCGGAUAUCAUGGAACACCCUGUAUAGUUCGUAAACGACUACAGGCCAGUGAAGGCGGUCACAGUGUAGAAUCGCCCAAAAAUCGGAACACCGAUUCGGUAGUUCACGGUCGAAGGAAUGAUCGAACGAAUUACUCUUUUCGAAACUGUGCUCCACCUGCCCUACCUUGGCCCGCACCGGUGCGAGCCAACGUUUCUAGAGGGGGUCGAACGCUAAGCGAAUUCUUGCAGUCUACUCGAAGACCGUGAUGCCAUCGAGACGAACUUAACGGUUCCCAGUUACGAAGGAGUCGCUGCCCGUGGAUUACGUUCCAUCUCGACUCGCUCGCGAAUUCCUCCUUCAUUUUCUUUUCUUCAUCGUGAUUUUUCAGUAGCUUCGGUUCGUCGUUCGACUUUUCAUUUCCGCCGCGAACAACAGGUGGUAUCCGUUCAUUUGAUAACGUUCCUGUGUUCCUGAGUUGAUCGUUCUUCUACGUGUUGCUUUCGUAUCUGAUAGCAAAUUUCGUGGCAGGAUUAUGGACCGGUUGUGAACGAACCGCCGACAAUUAUGAAUAUACAUCCGACAGUGCUGCUGCUGCUGGUAGCGAACAUAAUUGCUGGUAACCAGGUAGCCGCAACCUCCAGUUGUCCGUGGGCUCAACAUGUAGUGGAUCUCGAAAGCUCUUGUAUUUGUGACUAUAACCUGGCCAAAGAGCUCUCCGUGCAAUGCGAUAUCGUCGAUUAUGACCAGCUUCUAUCUGCCUUGCACCGCUAUGCGUCGAAAAGCAACGUGGAUUUGUUCUACGUCAACAACAGCACUAUCGGUACGCUGAGGAACAAUUCAUUCGCGUCGGUGAGGAUCAACAACAUACAACUAUCUGGCUGUCGAAUCAAGACGAUCGAGUCGGACGCCUUCAAGGGCCAGGAGAAUUCGUUGAAGAGCGUCAAUUUGAAGGACAACGACCUCACAGAAAUACCUAGCAAUACCUUGAAGAAUCUGAGGAAUCUGACAGUACUGGACCUCUCGAUGAACAAGAUCACCAGGGUUAACGACAAUGCUUUCGCAGGCCUAAAAUUGGUUACCUUGAAGCUAUCUGAUAACGAAGUGACCCUUGCACCUGGAGCCUUUCGCGGUCUGGAGAGAUCGUUAAAAAAUUUGAAUCUGAAGGGUACUAGGCAAAAGAAAGUACCGGAGGCAUUGAAAGGCCUUAGGACUUUGGCUUUUCUUGAUUUGUCGCAGAACAGUAUCAGGGAACUGCCUGGAUCCGCUGGCACCAAAGCCUUUGAAGGACUUGAAUCGCUGACUGGAUUGAACCUGGAGAGGAAUCUAAUCCAGAAUAUUGGACCAGACGCGUUUCAUGGCAUCAAACACACUUUGAGCUCCUUGAGCCUACUUAAUAAUCUCAUUCCGGAUUUCCCGACGGCUGCUAUCAACAGCAUUCAGGACCUCAGAGUAUUAGAUAUUGGAUUUAACUUAAUAACGGAACUGCCAGUGAACGCUUUCGAGAAGAAUCCAUCGAUAACUCUUCUGGCGAUCGAUGGAAAUCCAUUGUCCACCGUUCCGGAGGAAGCUUUAGCACGGUUAAACGGAACACUUCGCGGUCUAAGUUUAGGAGGUCGAUUUCUGGUUUGCGAUUGUAAACUACGAUGGAUCGUAGAGUGGAUAAAAACCAGGGAUUUGCAAGUCACCAGUCGGGAACGCAAACCGCAGUUUUGCGGAAGUCCACAGAAACUACAGGACAAAAGCUUUUACAACAUCCAUGCAGAAGAAAUGACCUGCGAAAGAACUCCAGAAAUUAUUGGAAUCGGUACGGUAGAAAGCGUAGACACCAGAGAACCUACAGGAUUUGUCGGAACAUCAAGCAGUUAUAACACAACCAUUCAUUCUCCUAUCACCAUGUCAACUACAACCACUACAACAACUGCUAUAAGCACGACCGUGACCUCCACUACGACUGAACAACCAAAAACUGAAGCACCAUCUUCAACCACUGCAAGAAGUAUUACCAACAGACCUACCGCUGCAAGAACCGGAAAUGUGGUGAUCAUGAGAACUACACCGUCUCCUUCAAAACACUCUCAGGACCACUUGCAGCAACAUCAACCAAGACCACCGCUGGUCCUUGGUUCUCCGUUGUAUAAAUCAAAGUCAAACGACAAGAACAUCAUAGUGAAAGAUGUGCUCAGACAAGACAAUGCUGUGAGCAUAUACUGGGACACUGAGGCGACUAAUAUACUGGGGUUCAAGGUUAUUUAUAGGCUGUUCGGGGAGAACAGCUUUAAACAGGCGCCACCUUUGGAGGCCAGUGAGCGAGAGUUUAAAAUCAAGAACGUUCCUUCACAGGAGUGCAUCGUAGUCUGUGUAGUAUCACUGGAAGAAACCAACAUAACUCCAGCAAAUGUACCUUACAAUCAGUGUAAAGAGGUAAGAACAGAGAAUUCGCCCACAUCCAACAUGGACAAAAUUACUAUCGCUGCCAGUGCGGCUAUAUGCGCAACGAUAGUUGUUGCGGUUAUAAUAUUCAUCGUGGCAAACCGACGAAGAGCUAGAAAGCUCCAUACCCUUCACAGCAUCGAUCAGACAAAGAUGGGUGGACCGAUUACUGGAUUGCCCGUUAAUUGUUGCUCUAACGUCGGUCCAACGCCUAGCCCUGGUGGGCCGUUGUCCUCAAUGGCAACUCUCAGUGCUUAUAAUGCUCAGAAAGAGUGGGACCAGGUGUCUGCUUACAGCAAUAGAAGCAUACCAAGACCGAGGAUAUUUCCCAUAGAUCGCCAAGGUUCGAUAACUAGAGCUUCCUGCAUCGAUGAUGUCAGAUCUCAAACUGGACACUACAGUGGAAAGGUGUCAACUCGAAAUGUAGUUGAUGGCCAAUCGCAGCAUAGUUUCUCUAAUACUUCGACAAGAUAUUUUGGAACUAACAUGAUGUCAUCUAAUCUUGCUAACACAAGACCAGAAUUAAGGCAGUCUCGGCAGUCUCUAGCUGCAGCUUCCGAUCGAAUGUCACGGACAAACUUCUCGCCAAGUCACAUGCCAUCUCAUUCUUCAGCCAGAAGACAGAGACCACGAUCAUGUAGUCGCAACUUAGAACAAAAUCCACCACGGCCUAGUAGCAGAUACAGCAUAGCUGAUUCAACGCAUACCCUCAAUAAUUAUGAAGAAAACAAUUGGACUGAUCACGACAUGGACAUCUACAUGGCACGCAAUCCUACUACGAGGAGUGGUCUCAUGCCCCUUUGAUGCGACACACUAUGUGUGUAUCAUUUUGCUCAAAUGUGUUCAGUGACAUUGUUUUGGAACAUCUGAACUCCUCUCAUUCAUAUAGAUGUACUAUACAACAUGACAUUUUAGAAGACAUAGAAUAGAUAGGUUUAAUGUUUAUAAGAGUUUUUACAAAUAUUACCAUGUAAUAAAUGUAUCAACGGAGUAGUAUGGAAAAGAACAUUACAAACGUAUAAGGGUUAAAAAGAUGGAUAUAAAGUGUUUUAAGGUGCACGUUUUAAAAAUGUACUCUGUGUUUGAAUUAUACAAGGUAAAGCUCAAUUAAUUCGAUCAUACGAUCUCUUCAAAUGACAUUAAGUCAUGAAAACGAGUCAAGAUUAACGCGUAUGAAUGAUGGAUGUGCUUUUAUCCAAAGACUGUAUCAUAAAAGAGAAUGUCUCCUAGAAUCUACAUUGUGUUGAUGCUCGUGCUUAUA